AUGGCUACUACACAGGGCCUCUGCGACCCUGCAUUCGACCGGGUGCGUGAACUUUUCGAACAAAGACUUGCCUCGGGAGAAGAAGUCGGUGCCUCAAUCUGCGUGAACAUCGACGGGAAGAAUGCCCUCGAUAUCUGGGGCGGUCAUGUAGACGCCGCCAAAACGCGCCCAUGGGAAGAAGACACUCUGAUCGUCGUCUUCUCGUGUAGCAAAGUAGCCACUGCCCUGGCUGCGCUGAUCCUCAUUGAUCGUGGCCUGCUCGACGUCGAAGAGAGAGUGUCAAAGUACUGGCCGGAGUUUGCAGCCAACGGCAAAGAAGACACAAAGGUGUGGCACAUCCUCAGCCACUCCUCUGGUGUGCCCCAUUGGGAGUGGCGGAUCCCUCUGGAGUCCAUUUACGACACCAAAACAUCCACUGAGAUGCUCGCUGCGCAGGCCCCUUGGUACAAGGCCGGCGAGGCAUCUGCCUACCAGAUGGUUAACCAUGGACAUUUAGUCGGCGAGCUGGUGCGGCGCAUUAGCGGGAAGUCGUUGAAGCAGUUCAUUGCAGAUGAGAUCGCGGGUCCAUUGGGCGCGGACUUUGGUCUCGGUGUGGCCGAGAAGGACUGGCCGCGUACGGCGGAUAUCAUUCCCGGUGCGCCUACACCCUUUCCGCCGAUAGACCCGCAAAGUGUUGCGGGGGGUGCUGGCGUCGGUGCCUCGAAUGGCUUUUCAAAUGCGCGUGCGCUGGCUCGGAUUGGUUCAAUUGUAUCCUUGCAAGGGACGGUCGAUGGGAAGCAGUAUCUUGGGCUUAAGACUAUUGACCAGAUGCUCCAGGAACGGGUUAGUGGUGUCGAUCAGAUGUUGUUGCUCAACAUUAGAUUUGGCCUUGGAGUUGGCCUGCCGGUGCCAGAAACUGUCACCUUUAUCCCCGAAGGAAACAUUUGCUUCUGGGGAGGCUGGGGUGGAUCUAUGGUGGUUAUGGAUCUAGAUCGCCGCAUGACUAUUGCUUACACCAUGAACAAAAUGGGAUCAGGUAUCCUGAGCAAUGCCAACGGCAAGGCUUACAUUGAAGCCAUUUAUGAAAUAAUGGCAGACAAAAGGCUGUCUGCGUCGAUCUGA